AUGAAAUCCUCCACCUUCUUCACACUCGCCUCUCUCGCUGCCCUCGCCGCAGCCAAGAUAAACGUCACCUACACUCCCGCCGAUGGCCAAAACGUGCACUCGGGCGAAGAAGUCCGCGUCCUCUGGGACCAAGACAAACUCAUGGACCUGUCACUCCAACUCGUCAAGAAACAAGAAGAUACAAACCAUUGGCCUUUGGGAUUCAGCUGGGUCAGAGGUGAUUGGAUUAAAUUGAGAUUGGGACCUGGCCAUGCCGAAGAGUAUACUUUCUUUGUGGAGGGCUUUGACGUCAAUGAGCGUUAUGGCUUGAAAAUUGUUGAUAAUGGGACAUCGGAGUGGUUUUCUAUCACCAAGUGGACGCCUCCCAAGCAUGCGGAUCUCAAG